GGAACAGGGAAGGCUGCGUUGGGAUUUCCUUUGUUUCUGAUGAUCGUUAUAGGAAUCCAAGGCCAGACACAAACCCUUAUGAAGCACACAGCCAGUUCCAGGUCUUUCAACCAAGAGGAUCACGAGGAUGAAUCCAAAGUCAAGAAUCCAAGGAGCGAUUCCAAGCCGCCCCUUACUUUGCCGGUUGCUCCCCCUCUGUAUGACGCCCCUUUUCCCUUUUACCGGCGUCCAGCUGAAAUGGGACGCUUUUCCCUAGAUGCCAAGCGGUGCUUCCAUGGAGAUGCCCGUCAGAUGCGCUACUAUGUUCCUCCCCCUGCCGAAGGCCCCUCCCCUGGAUUUGACUUGCGCGAUGGCUACCGCGACCGCUACGUACAGCGAGAUGACAGCGUCCGUGAAGGCCUGGACCAUCUGCUGCAAUGGAUUGUGGAGAACCGGAAGCAGUUACAGACUGAGGACAAAGGAAAGCUCCUGAAUGCUGACUUUGUGACUUGGAGGGGGCAUCUCACCAAAGUGCUGACCACCCCAUACGAGAGUCGGGAGGGAUGGUUGCUGGCUGUCACUCUCUUCCGUGGGACCUUGUACAUUAGCGAGUUUGAAACGGAGGCCGCCCGCAGAGAACGGGAGCAGCGCUCAGAAAUGCUAAAGGAGCUCACAUAUAUGGGAUAUAAAUUUGAGCAAUAUAUGUGUGCCGAUACUCCCGAUGGGAUUCCUGAUCCAACUGGAGUAGUGAACACAAAUGAAGCUUUCUGCACAGUGAUUCGGUCCCGCUUGGGAAGUCACUCGCUUCUCUUCUCUGGAGAGGUAGAUUGCACUGAUCCUCGGAGCCCUUCGCCUCAGCCACCUAGUUGCUACGUGGAGCUGAAGACUAGCAAAGUCAUGCACAGCCCUGCUCAGAGGAGAAGUUUCUACAGGCACAAGAUAAUCAAGUGGUGGGCCCAGUCUUUUCUUCCAGGGGUGUCCCGGAUUGUGGCAGGGUAUCGAGGGCCCGAUGGCUCAGUUGUGGGGCUGGAAACUUUUGAGACUAUGAAAAUAUUCAAACUCAUUCGGGACGAUCGAGGCUGUUGGAAGCCAGCUGUGUGCAUGAAUUUCUGUGCUGCUUUUCUAGCGUUUUUGAAGACCGUGGUGACGGAAGACAAUCCAAAGUUGGUUCAUCUCUUUGCUUGGAACCCAGGGCACCCGGUUUCCUACACAGUGCAUCAGGAUUCUCAAUACCGUUUCCUGCCUGAUUGGUACGUGGAGGCUUUGAGUGCAGAGAAGUCCCCCACGUCAUGACUUCCAGACUGAUGCACUGGAAGCGAAGCUGGUUUUUGGAUCUAGAUGCUGCUGCAUCUUGCGGGCCAAGGUGGAUGAUGGAAGAAAACAGGCAUCAAGAAGCCAGUUACCUGCCACUUGGAGAACGGGGAGACGGACUGAUGGCAUUGCUGUGAUAACAAAGGAAGGGAAAAAAACCAACUGCUUGUGCAUUGUUUCCUAUAUGUGCUUCUGUGGCAUGUCAUUUGUGGUUUACAAACAAUGAAGGAGCAAGAGUGUUAUGAA